AACUGCGCCUUGUGCAUUUCCCGGCAUAACCCGGCCUUAGACUCUUUCGGAUCGCCUUCAUCAAGCUCCCAAUUCACAGUCAGAAUUUAGCGACUGCGGGUCAGUUGCUGGUGGGAAAAUGAAGAAAUCUCAAUUGCCACUACAAAAUGUAUGUGGACCUGAGAAGCAGGUAGUUAAGAAGGAAGCUUUGGUGAAGCUUUUGAGAUGGCAUUUCGGGCAUCCCAACUUCCAAGGGAAGCAAUUGGAAGCUAUUGAAGCUGUUUUAUCAGGAAGGGAUUGCUUUUGCCUAAUGCCCACUGGUGGGGGAAAAUCGAUGUGUUACCAGAUUCCCGCUCUUGCAAAACCCGGGAUUGUACUUGUCGUCAGCCCUUUAAUAGGGAAAUGACUGGCUUAAUUUCGUCUAUCGUUUGUUUCAGCUCUCAUGGAGAAUCAAGUCUCUGCACUGAAAAGUAAAGGUAUUCCAGCCGAGUUUCUCUCAUCAAGCCAGCCUUCACAAGUAAGAAAUAAGAUAUAUGAGGACCUCGAAUCUGUGAAGCCGUCUCUGAGGUUAUUGUAUGUUACACCAGAAUUAAUUGAUACAGCUGGAUUCAAGUCGAGAGUAACAAAGAUCCACUCAAGAGGAUUACUAAACCUUAUAGCUAUUGACGAGGCCCAUUGCAUCUCUUCAUGGGGGCAUGACUUUAGGCCUAGUUACCGGAAGCUUUCUUCCUUGAGGAGCCACCUACCGAACAUACCAGUAUUGGCUUUGACAGCAACGGCUGCUCCAAAAGUUCAGAAUGAUAUCAUUGGAUCGUUGUCAUUACAGAGCCCUGUAGUCCUCAAAUCAUCUUUCAACCGCCCAAAUAUCUAUUAUGAGGUUCGAUAUAAAGAUCUUCUGGAUGAUCCAUAUGCUGAUGUAUGUAACCUGCUGAAAUCUUAUGGAAAUGUUUGUGCAAUUGUUUACUGCCUCGAACGUACAGCUUGUGAUGAUCUUGCUUCCCAUCUGACAACAUAUGGCAUUUCCUGUGCUGCAUAUCAUGCUGGAUUAAAUAGUAAAAUGAGAAGCUCUGUCUUGGAUGCUUGGAUUUCCUCCAAAACACAAGUAGUUGUGGCAACAGUGGCCUUUGGGAUGGGCAUAGAUCGAAAAGAUGUCAGAGUUGUCUUCCACUUCAAUGUCCCAAAGUCAAUGGAAGCUUUCUAUCAGGAGUCGGGUAGAGCGGGUCGUGAUCAAUUGCCUUCAAGAAGUGUUGUUUAUUACGGAAUGGACGAUCGUCGGAAAAUGGAAUUUAUUUUGAGAAGUAGUGAAAGGAAGAAAGAGUCUUCAAGUUUACAAGAUGGAUCCUCAAAGAAGGCCCUUGAUAACUUCAGCCAGAUAGUGAAGUAUUGUGAAGAAUCUGGAUGUCGCCGAAAAAAGAUCCUUGAGAGCUUCGGGGAGAUGGUAUCUGCAUCUUUAUGUGGAAAAUCAUGUGAUGCUUGCAAACAUCCUAAUCUAGUUGCUAAAAACUUGGAAGAGCUCAAAGCUGCUGCCACCUUUCGCCAACGAACUGGAUCUUCAGGGAUAUUUAUUACCAGCUCAUCAAACCUCAAUGAUGGAGACUACUCUGAAUUCUGGAAUCGUGAGGAUGAUGCAAGCGGGUCAGAAGAAGAUAUAUCUGAUUCAGACGAAGCUCUUGAUGCUGCAAAGAAUGUAACUUCUUCGCGGGUAUCAACAAAGCUAAGAAUCCAAGACAAAAUUGAAUUGCUGCAGCGAGCAGAAGAGAAUUAUUAUCAGAACAACAAUCCUGAGAAGCAGGUAAAUAAACAUGACAAAAAUGCAGUAUCCGAAACAUUAAGAGAGACGGGCAAACAAAGAUUGUUAGGAGCUUUAAAACAAAACGGAGAGCGGUUCUCUGGUAUGAGAUUGAGCUUUGAAGAAGCUGCAUUGAUUCUUGAAAACCAAUGUUACAGCAAGUAUUGUAAAAGCGGGAAGUCUUAUUACUUGUCACAAAUGGCAAGCACAGUGAGGUGGAUUUCAAAAGCAGAGCUCACAGAAUUAACAAAUAAGCUUGGAUGCGACAUGGUACCUUCUUCUUCUUCAUCGGAAGCGGACCCGCCACCAAAAACUCCCUCUGUCGGUUUCCCAUCAGCUAAUGAGAAAACCAGUCAGAGUGUUGUUUCAGAAACAGUAAAAGAAGCUGAAGACGUCUGUCUAGCUGCUGCUGCUGCUGCAUUGCCACAGAUCCCAUCUUUCUCGGAGUAUAUUAACAACAGAAAUGUGAAGAGUCAGCAGGAUCACAACUCAAACAAGCGUUCGCCUGAUUUGGCUGGCAAGGAUAUACUCAAGAAAAUGCGAUCCUAAUUAAAGGGAGUGUUUUUUUUUGGGGGGGGGGGGGGGAUCUUCUGUUGUUUUUGAGUGUCAUUGGCAAUUAGUACUACCAAUAUGUUUGCAGAAAACCCCUUUGUUAUUCAUAUGUAAGUUUUUACAAGUAAAAUCUCUAAACUACCCUUCCCUUAUCUCAAUCUUAUCUCCUCGCCCAUUCACUCCCACCAUCCAUUAUCUCUCUUUCGCCGUACUACUUUUAUUCCCACCAUCCAUUAUCCCUCUUCCACUACUUUUUUUUACGCAUCCUUCUCCUUCAAUCCAUGGCCUUCCUCUAUCUCUUUUCACACUCAUCUUCUCCUCAAUUCAAUCGCCCACCGUCAACGCGUGGUUCAUUACUCUUCUCCCCUUUUCUCACCUGAUUAUAAUUUUUGGAUUCCAACCAGAUCUUGAAGAGUUUUGGGUCUUGUGUUCAUGUUAGACUUGAAGAUCUACGGAAUGGGUGAUGAAAUUUCAGAUCUUGAAUGAUGUACUUCUGUUGCCAAUGUUGUUUAAGCUACUACUAUUACUCCGUAUUUUUUUUGCUUCAAUUUUUUGAAAGAAUAUUUUGAUGUAAUUUGGACGAAUGUAAUUUUGAGAGUUGUUCGAGGAUGUUUCUUGUUUGUAUGGUGUAUAUUUGAUGUGUAUAUGAGAGAAGAGGGUGAUGAGCUGGUGUAGGGGCAUUUUUGGAAGGUCAAUG